UACCCAGGCUCAGAAGAAGUUUUGUUCAUAGGAGAGAAGAAUGUGUGUUUAGGGUAUAGUACUUGAAAACAUGCUAGGCUUUCUUUUUGCAUCCCACUUCCAUAAGCUGACUUAGAAUACUCAGAAAAGAAAAAUCUUGACAACUGCCACAUGUAGAAGUGGUAGAGCAACAGGGUCACAUGCACAACAGAGCGUGAGCUGCUGCAGUGUCAGGCAAUAUGUGAACUUUUAUAUUUGUUUUCCAAUUAAGAGAUUACAUUAGUUUGCCAUUUUUCUCAGCCUAUGGGUAGAUGUGUUCUAUUUGUUAUGCUACUUGAUUGUUUAUUUUCCAGAUCCAUUGUUUAUUGUGUCAAGUGAGAAGGACCAUACACAGGCAAAUAUCCAAGCCACCCUGAUUCGCAGCAGACUGAAAAAAGUUCCCAGGUUUAAAACCAUGUUCAGUAACCUGAUCCAUUAUCCAAGAUAUUCUCUAUAUUGGAGCAAAUCAGAUCCUGUCCCACCAUUUAUCAGUCGGGAAUGGAAGCGACAUGAGGAGAGACACAGAGAAGCCCUCCGGCAGCUUACCAGAACUGACACUUCUUUUCAGAUGCCUAGAGAAGUUUAUGAAGACCCUGAAGUUACUGGAAAGAAUCGCUAUAAAUACUUUGAAAGGCCUUUUCUUCCAUUUUUUCAGCAGAUGCCAUUCAAUGUUGUUUAUGCUGUAUCCAAGGCAGAACCAUAUACUUUUCUUCCUACUUCUACUAAGCACCUAUCCAUCCCUUCAAAGUCUACCGUGGGCACUCAGACUGAUUAUCGGGAUGCUGACGUUCAAACAGAUCCAUACUCUCCAGAAUAUGUAGUAUACCAGGACUCAAUCCCUGAGCUCUUGACCCUGGCUACUCUUACUUGGGGUCGGGGUCUCCCAGCAGGACAAGCUGAGGUGGAGAUGAUAGAAAGAGCCCGUGAGAAGCGUGCUUGGGAAGCCACCCUUCCCCCUCUGAGUGACGCCUUCCAGUAUGAGAAAAGGAGGAAGAUGAUGAAUGAAAUGGAGAGGAAGGAGUGGGCCUUCAGAGAGCAGGAGAUUGAAAAACUGCAGGAGAUUCGUCUGGAAGUUCUAAAAGAGCUGUUGAGGAAGCGUGACGAGAAUCAGAAUGAAGUGAAUAUGAAGCACUUGAACGCCCGGUGGUCAAAACUGCAGGAGGCAAAAGAGGCAAAAAUGGCAAAAAUUCAGCGCACACAUAUAUCAACAAUCAGAAAACUUGUAGGAAAGGGAAAGAAUAUAGAAGGGAAGCUGGAGAGAAGAAAUAUCAUCAAGGACUAUUCUGAUUAUGCAUCACAGGUCUAUGGACCUCUGUCUCGUCUUGGGUGUUUCCCAGACAACAACUCAGAGGACUUUGUAGUAAAAAAUUACUAUCUCAACACCUAUGAAGGAUUAGUCGAACUUGAGUCAUGUCUCCCAGAUUUUGUGACACAACCCCGAAUCAGAGCUCCAAAACCUAAAAUCAUUACCACCAAAGCCGGUUUUCUGAAGAGAGCAGCAAGGUUGGACUAUGAGUUGGCAGAGAUUCAUAAGGUAUAAUCAUUAUCUGGAGACAAUGACUUCCAAUGUGGCUUUUGCAGAUAAAUGCUACACUUCAAAAAUUGCAGCAGUGUCCAGUGGGUCAAACAAAGCUACAUUCUCUGCUCUGCACUUUUCUGAGGUUGCCCAUGCUGUGCUGAACCAAUGUGUAUUUCCCCUCAUUUCACACUUCAGGAAACUUCCUGGAGAUUAUUUUCCCCAUUUGCAGACAUCAUAUUACUUUCUGAAAGUGUUUUCAAUUGGAUCUCUGUAUAAAAUUUGACACUAU